CCCGCCGUGGCUGGGGCUGCCUUCCUUCUUGUCUUCUUGCACGAGGAGAAAGAGCAGGCUGACUGCAAUUAGUACGAGCAGUACUAUCCAAGAAAUAAAUACAAUUUCAAUUUGUCGAAGCAGGCAGCACCUCCGCGACAGAUUCAAUCACGCUGCUCUCGCGACAUAUCUUCAGUUGUGCGCGUCACCUUUACGACACCUCGAAGCGCAUCACCUACUGUGCCGCGUUGCCUCCUGCCCGCUCUCUACAUCCUUUUAUGUACUGCGAUUAUUGCGGCUUCGCACUUCCUUGCUUGAGCACACUUUAGGACGAACUUCCCGGUUGACCACCACGAACGGAAGCACCACGAAUGGAAGAUGGGAAAUUCGCCGCCAAAGCUGAGUCUAGACGAGCAAAUGAAGUUGCACAAACGACAGAUCUCAAAGGCCAUCAGGGAACUCGAGCGCGAGAAAAACCAGCUCGCCACGCAGGAGAAAAAAACUAUCAAUGAAAUGAAAAAGGUAGACGUACUUUCUGUUGCUUCAUGAUCUUCAGUCCUUGACAGCGCGCGGUUAAUGAUAAUAUCCCAGGGCGGAAUAGAUAGCGAUCCUCAGUGACCUACUGAUAACCGACUGGGGGCCUCAAAAAAAAAAGACUGCGCCACUUGCCAUGUAGUUUCUUAUUUUGCGUCUCAAUUUAAUUUCAGCUCGCGAAGCAGGGACAGACGGGCACGGUUAAGAUAAUGGCAAAGGACCUGGUGAGGUGCCGCAAGUACCAGAGCAAAUUUCUGACCAUGAAAGCACAACUGCAGGGCGUAAGCCUCCAACUGCAAACCAUGAAAUCGACGGCAUCGAUGACAAAUGCCAUGCAGGGAGUAACUAGGGUGAUGCUUCAGAUGAACUCCAGCAUGGAUGCUUCUGCCGUUACGAAAAUCAUGCAGGAGUUUAUGUCCGAAAACGAGCGAGUAUCUUUUGACUUUUCAUUUAUAAAUCGCUUGUUAAUUUCUUUGAGUUUAAGGCUCUAACCCUAUACAUUUUUGACCUGUACUUUCAUUCGUCUUUGCAACCCAGACCCCGAAGAGGAUGCCCAGGACAAGUUCAAUUUCUGGGUUCCUGAACUUGCUCAAAAUGCUCGUUGUUGCUUUCAUACAUAUCGACUCUGAUGACUAAUAACGCUUGCUAGGCUUAUUUCGCCAGCCUUUGCUGGUUCCUGUGUAUUGUUAUGAUUGCGGGGGCACAGGCGCAUCGUGAUUGUACUUGGGUGUGCUGCAUUGGAUCAAGUUAAAACGAAAAUGUGAAAGCAAAAACUCAACAGCAACAAAUGACGGAGGAGGUCUUAACUGACGCAAUAGAUGAUGCCAUGGGCGAUGACGAGGGGGAGGAGGAGACCGUCGUCAAUCAAGUUCUCGAGGAGAUAGGAAUUGAGAUAUCGACUGAUCUCGGUAAAGUAGGAUCAGAGAGAAUCGGCAUCCCGUCGCAGGCUUCUCAAGUGGCCCCAGGAGCCGUACAAAGACCACCUCAUCAACCAGCGAUUGUCGCGCAGCAAGAGGAUGACGAUCUAGAAGCGAGACUCAAUGCACUGAAGAGAUGAGGUUGAGGUUCACGUGCCUGUCUAACUAUCACUCCAAUUUUAAGCAGGUGAUUUUCCUUCUCUCGCUCUAUCGGAAUCGCAAUGCGCUCAUCAAACACCUGCUGCUCGAGGCGUCUAGUAUAUACUGGCGCAACAUGAAGAAAGAUUGAUCUCUCCAUCCAACUCGAAGACAAUGUUAGAAAAACUCGCAUAUAAACAUAUUGGUAUUGCAUUGUUGAUUUUGAUUUUGCAGCGUGUUGCUGAUGUUCUUGAAUAAAUUGCGGCGCAGCAUCAUCAAUAUCAGGCUGGGGCUUGCGAAGUGGAUGAGGAUCGUUCUCCGGGUAAUUUCACUGCUCGUCAUACCCUUUUCGAUGAAAAUUUUCAGUUCCUCCGCCUCUGUACCAGUUGCUACGGAUCUGAGGGCAAUGCGUGUUUUCAC